AUGGCCACACUUCUGCGGGAGAGAGGCGUAAGAGACGCAGGAGUCGUGGCCAUUCAGGAACCAUGGGAAAACAACCAGCUUGACACUACGCAUCACCCGGCUACAGCAUCCCAUCAGCUACUAUACCCAGUAGUCAAGGAUGCCAGGUCGGGUGAGGCGGAAAGAACCAGGGUCUGUAUGUUCGUUUCGAAGCGGAUUGACCCCUCUAUAUGGUCCCACACGGUAGUCAACGCCGACUACCAGAUUCUAAAACUCCGGCGGAAUCAGCGCGAUGGCUGGACGGAUCUCUUCGUGCACAAUAUAUAUCGGCAUGACACCAACAAAGAGCAACUUCAACGCUUAUACAGCGAAAUUGCGAAACGACCGGAGGCGGAACACGUCGUGGUAGGAGACUUCAAUCUCCAUCAUCCUCUGUGGGGUGGCCCUUCCGUUCGAAAGACCGAGCAAGAAGCUCACAUCUUGGUGGAUUCGAUCCUCCCUGACCUAUCUCUAACCUAUGUGGGAGAGCCAGGCAAGCCUACAUGGCAACAGGGCCCGUUGAAGAGUGUCAUCGACCUCACAUUCGUAUCUAGUAGCUUGCUAGACUGCCUGACUACCUGCGAGAUCGCCAAUGACGUAGAUAGCCAGUCCGACCAUCUUCCAAUCCGCACCGUCCUCGAUAUAACUACGCCACAGUUCACACAGCCAAGAAGACGGAAUUGGGAAGCCACCGAUGACGAGAAAUUGAAACAAUACCUCGAACAACACCUGCCACCACCACCCAAUACAUUGACUAGGCCAGAAACGAUCGAACUGGCCUGCUCAGCGCUAAUGCGCGUGGUGGAUGCGGCGGUGGAGUUCUCUACGCCCUGGGCUGACCCAUCCUCUUGGUCGAAUCCUGGAUUCGAUGAAGAAUGCCGUGAGGCUAUUAAAGAGGCGCGCAGACUCCGCCGCGUAUUCUCGCGCACGCAGGAUAUGGAAGACUGGGCCAUCUAUACGAUGGCCAGGAACAAGAAAGUGAGGCUCAUCAAGUCGAAGCUUUCCAGAGCACAUCGUCGACGCGUACAGCACGUGAUCGAACAGGGAGAGAGAGGCCUAUGGCAGCUUGCCAAAUGGGCGCGGAAUCGCAAAGGCGCAUACGAGCGAGGCAUUACACCAUCGUUGAAGACUGGAACAGAAUCUCUUGCGGAGACGGUCAGCGAGAAAGCCGAGGCUUUCCGCACAGCCUUCUUUCCAAUACCACCACCGGCGGAGCUCUCGGACAUCGAAGGGUUCCAAUACCCUGACCAAAUCGACAUGCCACCAAUUCAGCCACACGAGAUCGAAGAGGCUAUCCUCCGCGCACCGGCCAGACGAGCGCCUGGCGACGAUACUAUCCCGAACGGUUUAUGGCACAAGAUCAUUAAGAUCCCUCAGGUUCUGGCAUACCUCACUUCGCUCUUCAACGCGUGUGCGAGCGCAGGUUAUAACCCUAAGCAUUUUCAGCGAUCAAUAACGGUAGUGCUACGCAAGGCAGGUGACCGAGACUACCAGCUUGCGAAAUCCUAUCGCCCUGUAGCGCUGCUAAACACCAUUGCAAAGGCAUUGGAAUCGGUGAUGGCCAAACGUAUUUCAUAUCUUGUUGAACAAUAUGGUCUAUUGCCCCCUGGCCAUCUUGGUGGUAGGAAGGGUAUAUCGACCGACCACGCCAUUCAGAUCAUUCUCGACCGCAUUCGGACCGCUUGGGGGAAAGGCUCUCUGGCCGAGCAGGUCGUGUCUAUGCUUUUCCUAGACGUCUCUGGCGCCUAUGACAACGUAGCACAUCUUCGGCUACUCCACAACCUCCGUAAGCGUAGGCUUGGAUGGUUUGUGCCGUGGGUGCAGGCCUUCCUCUCUGACCGAUCGACAAAAAUCCGCAUGCCUGAGGGCCUAUCCGACCGAAUUCCUACACCAACUGGCAUCCCACAGGGCUCACCAAUAUCCCCUAUCCUCUACCUUAUCUAUAACUCCGACCUCAUCGAACUCUUCAACGGCCCAAAGACCUUUGGUCACGGAUGGGUGGACGACGCUGGAGCGAUGGCCAUUGGCCGCACGGAAGCCGAAACUACUAGAAAGCUCCAGCGGCUAUGUGGUCUAGCCCAGCAAUGGGCUAAGCGACAUGCAUCUGUCUUUGAUAUCAAGAAAUAUGCACUGGUUCACUUCGUGGGGCCUCAGCAAGAGCCUUGCUAUACUCCGCUUCGCCUUGGCGACGUGGUGAUCCAGGCGUCUACUGGAGCUGAGAGAUAUCUUGGCUUCUGGCUCGACGAGAAACUUACAUUCGACAUUCAUCGCAAGAAGCUUCUUAUCAAGGGCCAAUCAAGCCUAAAAGCUCUCAAAUCGCUCUCAGGAUCGACCUGGGGGGCCUCUUUACUCUCGAUGCGACGGCUAUACCAGGCUAUAGUGAUCCCACAGAUUCUCUAUGGUCUGGCAGCCUGGUAUGAACCUCAGUGGACCAAAGCAAAGCAAAUGCAAACUGCUAGACCCUUUGGGGACCUCCAACACCAGGCAGCAUGCGUCGUUGGAGGUGCAUUCAAAACGACGGCCGCGGCUGCGCUGUGUGUGGAACUAAGCCUAAUGCCGAUGCCAAUCCUCAUGACGAGGAUAGCACAAGAGACAGCCUUACGAAUUCGCACAGGGCCUGCCUAUGCAGUGCCAAAAUCCAUGAUACACCAACGACCGAAGGCCCAACGUGACCGAUCGGGAUGGUCUCCAAUGGAGGCACAGGCCUGGAAGAAGGGUGGUUGCUUAACGGCUCCCCCUGAGUUCUUGGCGGGAGUCUGGGAGAGCCGUCUUGCGUACGCCCGAGAGCCCUGGCGUGUGCCUCCAACGGUAAUUAUCUCCGACCGGGAAACAGCAAGGAAGCAGCACGAUGAGAUACUAUCAAGGCAAGAUAGUUUAGUUGUCUACACAGACGGCAGUGGCUACGAAGGUCGAGUGGGCGCUGGUGCGGUGGUUAGUGGAAAUGAGAUCACCCAAGCUCGGUCGCAGAUGGGCACGGAAGGAAUCUCCACGGUCUACGCCGCAGAGCUUCGCGCCAUCGAUAUGGUCCUCUCACUAAUGUGGAAAGCGGCCGAAGCGGCCAGCGAGCUCCCAAUCCAGCCGGCAAUCCAGCCAGCUAUCCAAUCAGAAAUCCCCCAGCCGAAAACCCGAGCACCAGCGGACCAGUCUCGCAAGAUUGUUGUGUUCACCGACAGCCAGGCCGGCCUGAUGGCCCUUCGCCGACCGCGGAUGCCGUCAGGCCAGAUUUACCUAGUCUCGGCCAUCCAGCAUCUUCAAAGCCUAAACGACCAAGGUCAUCAGGUCGAAUUUCGCUGGAUCCCGGCCCACGAAGGGACACUAGGAAACGAGCUAGCCGAUGUAACCGCAAAGGAGGCCGCCCUGGCCGACACUGAUCUAACCAACCAAGACAACCGUUAUAUCAUUCUUGCAUCAGCGGUGAAACGACGUAUCCGACAGCGGGCGAAGCAGGCCUGGGAGGCUGCGUGGUGGAAAGAGAGGGGGGCUCGCUCGACGAAACGGCUGAUCGAACAGCCACACAAGAAGAAUCUAGCCUAUUGGGAGAAUCUGCGGAAGGCCACAUCGUCAGUUUUGAUCCAACUACGCACUGGCAAGAUCGGCUUAGCCGGUUAUCUGUCAAAAAUCAACGCUCGAGACUCACCAAGCUGCGAAUGCAACCUAGGGAACCAAACAGUCCCCCAUAUCUUGCUCGAAUGCCCACUGCUACAAGAGGAAAGACAGACGAUGAGAGAGAGUCUAGCAGAGGUAGGGGUGUCGAUGCAUCUCGGCACCGACGAACUCUUGCAACAGCUCCCAGCAAGGCUAGUCCUCGCUCAGUUCAUGUUCUCGUCGAAGCUUCUCGACCAGUUCCGCCAUGUCGACCCAGCAGCGACGGGGGUGGUUGAACAGGAUGGCUCUUGA